UUAGAAAAGAUUUUAAACCGGGUCGGGUCGAAAACGUCCUCGUAAUAAACCACUUUAGAAAAACCGUCUGGGGUUUUCCAGAGUCGCUUCUUCAAAAUACUGCAAAAAACCGUCACGGAGAAAAAAUUGUUCCUUUCUGCGAAAAAAGCGCUUCAAGGUGAAGGACGAUGUCCAAGUCUUGCAAGGGAUUGGCCAUGGAGCUGGUGAAGUGUCUCAGUGAAUCUGAUUGUGUUAAGGUUCAGAAUAGAUCCUACAGGGAGUGUGCUGGAGAGAAGAGUCCAUCAAUAGCAAGCGAGUGUGUAGGACUCAGGGAAACCUAUUUCAAUUGCAAAAGAGGCCAGGUUGAUAUGAGAGCAAGGAUUCGUGGAAACAAAGGGUAUUAAUGAAUGCCAUAAAUUGAAAAACAGUGGUAUUGUACUGUUCAGUUUUGAUACUCAAUUUUUUACUCAAGAUGGAGCCAACUCAAAGUGAAAGAUGAGAAUGAAUCAGAGAAAAGGGAGACUAAUAAUUGUUUGAUUCAUGGCAUUUUAAGGUUCCAUGCACAUGAAAAAAUGUAUUUUGAUAUGUUAGAAAGAUUAGUAUAAUGCUCAAGUCAGAGUUUCAAUUCUUUAUAUUAGUAUAAUGCUCUUUUUACUACAAGAUUAGUAAAAUUAGUAUAUUGCUCAAUUCAUGAUCGUAAAUGUUAUGGACUACUGUAUAAUUUUCAAGCUAACGAGUAGAUUCUAUGUGAAUUCCCACA